AUGAUCCUCAGGCCUCAGGCUUUAACUUAAUUAACCAUCCUGGGCGCUCACUUUGGCAUUUGAAAGCUGAUGCCUCCUCGCAAGGGCAUCGUAAAAACUGGGAACGCAGGAAAUUCAUCAAAGACUAACAAAAACUCUGGCGCAGGUUUACCUUCGCAGUCGGCUGAUGCAGAACGAGAUCAACCACUAUUCCCACCGGGAUCCAAGUAUCCUCUGAGUCUACUUCAAGAAAGGUGCCAGAAGAGUGGCUGGGACAAACCGACCGUCGAGACGCGUAAACAUGGCAACGACUGGUCUUUCGUCGUUCAUAUCGCCCGGUUCGAUAAGAAAACAUCGCAGACGGAAAGUGUCCGACUCGAACCUCACCCACCUUAUUUGAGGCCGACCGCGGUAGAAGCGCGUCAUUGGGGUGCCGCAUACGCUCUGUACCGUUUUUGUAAUGGACUUCAGCUUAAUCGCGUAUUGCCACCCGGACCUCGUGAUUACUGGAUUGAACUAGCAACAGAACACAAAAAUGUUCCAGAACACAUGAAAUGGAUGUAUGAUGCUGAUCCUUUUGCUGCACGUAAAGCAGUAGAUGAUAGGCAGGCGAAGGCAGCGCAAAAUCGACAAGAAGGAAAUUCAAAGACCUCCACGAUGCUGGGGUCAAAGGAGUUCGCCAAUUCCCCUGAGGUGAGAAUGUCCACUGAAUUGCGGGAUUUGGUGGAAGAUGUUGUUAAGAAGGCAAAUGCGUUGCACUUUGGUGAUGACCCUGUGACUUUUGUAUUGCCUGCAGAGGUCAUACCAGCUGUUACCCAGCAGCUUGGUAACUUAGGUUUCAAGUCUGAUCAAAUACGCAAUACGUUGGCCUUCCUAUCCAAACCUUCGGCUCUCGGGGGUAAUUUGUUGAAUUCAAUGAGCCCGCUGCAGGCGUGUAUAGAACAUUUAGUUCUUCAUCUCCCAGAAUGCGACCUUCCCGAGCGCUUCUUUCCGGGAAAUAACUCCUCUGAUCCAUUUAUUGUCUCUGGUCAUUCUGGCUCUGAUGACUUGGCAAAGCGAUGGGUGGAGGAGAAAAUUAUCAAAGAGACUGGAUUUCCUGCACACACUGUCAAAGAGUGUACUACUGACAGACACUCAGUAACGAAUGUGGAUCUGCUAGUGGCCUCUUUAGACCAUCGCCUCCUAGGUGAGAGUGCGGGUGCCCAAGCCAAUCCAGAUGACAUAAUUCUGGCUAAUGUCGUGGACGGUCUACGAAGUAAUACGGAUGAAGUAGAGGCUCUCGGGGCCCAUUUUGUCGACACGAAUCAUGUAUCGAUGCCUCUGUUCAGCGCUCCCGUGGAGCUACAUGUCUUGCUGCCGUCCUGUUCUGACCACUCCUUUCGCAGCUACCCUCCUGUGUAUAUCACAUCAAAGUCUGUCCCGCCGUACAUGCGACUUCAUCUUCUUUCCCAACUGUUGCAAGAAAUGAAACAGGAUGGGUUUAUGGAGUCAGGAGAAGGCUUUCUUAUGGCAUCAAUGCGGGUCCUCGAGGAGCAAUGGGCACACGUUCAGUCCAAAGGUUCGCCGGAUGUAUCGGAAGUACUAAAAUUCUUGAUACCUUCGCCCACUUCAUCGCCCACUAUCCAUGCAACUACUACCUUACCCACCGGUCUUAACGAAACAGCGCGUCACAAAAUCCGGCGUCGUGGUGAUAGUCGAUCGAAUUCGCAGGUUAAGCUAGAUUUUGACAAAUUGUGCCAAUCUCAGGCAUAUGCAACGAUGUUAUCAGCUCGUAGACGCCUUCCUGCAUUUGGUGCCAAGGACAAGUUUUUGUCCUUGCUCGAGCGCAACCGUGUAGUUGUUGUGGUUGGAGAAACAGGGUGUGGCAAAACCACUCAGCUUCCACAAUUCAUCCUGGAUUCUUUGAUACUUUCGGGACACGGAGCUGAAGCUUCGAUCAUUAUCACCCAGCCUCGGAGAAUCUCUGCUAUAUCUGUUGCUGGGCGGGUUUCUGCAGAACGGGUGGAUGACGGCUCUGUUGGAUAUGUCAUUCGUGGAGAGACCAAGCAUAGCCAAGCCACUAAGUUGCUCUUCUGUACGACUGGAGUUGUCUUACGAAGGCUAGGCUCCGGCGACGGGCUAAAGGAUGUCACACACAUUGUUGUUGAUGAGGUGCACGAACGUUCUGUCGAUGGUGAUUUUCUUCUUCUAGAACUCAAGGAAUUAUUAGCACAACACCCUACGCUCAAGGUGGUGCUCAUGUCGGCAACAAUCAAUCAUGAGACGUUCGUGAAAUAUUUCAACAACGCCCCGAUGUUGACUAUUCCAGGCUUUACACACCCAAUCACAGAUAUGUAUCUAGAAGACUAUAUUCCGUCAAUUUCCUAUAAACCGGCAUCAGUCAAACCAAAUAGAAAAGAAUCAGAAGAAGAGAAACAUGCGUUCCGGGAUUAUUGCAGUUUCAAGGGUCUCAGCGAAGAGUCGACAUCUGCAAUCCAAAAUAUUACGCAGGCGGAAAGGAUCGACUAUCAGCUGAUCGCUGCUGUUGUUCAGCACAUCGUUGCAACGUCACAACGAGGCGGAAUUUUGAUUUUCCUUCCCGGAGUUCAAGAAAUUCGUUCUUGUAUCGAUGUAAUCCGUGGCGUGCUCGGUGAGAAGGCUGAGAUAUUACCUUUGCAUGCCAACUUGUCAAAUGACGAACAACUGGCUGUCUUUGCGAAUACACAACGUUGGAAAAUCAUUGCUGCAACAAACGUUGCCGAGACGUCCAUCACCAUUGAAGAUGUUGUCUAUGUUGUGGACUCGGGAAGAGUCAAAGAAACAAGCUAUGAUCCAGAAAGUGGGCUAUCUCUCUUGAAAGAACAAUGGGUUACGCGUGCUGCAGCCCGCCAGCGCAGGGGCAGGGCUGGCAGAACGCAACCAGGGGUUUGCUACAGGCUUUAUACUCGCAGACAGGAAGAGAAAAUGGGUCAUUUUCCAAUACCGGAAAUACUACGAACACCAUUGGAGAGUAUUUCGUUAACCGUAAAAGUGAUGCGCGAGAGUGAGGAUGCGAAGCAUUUCCUGAAUAGGGCUAUUGAUCCUCCCGAAGUGUCUGCAAUGGAUAAAGCCUGGGAUGUCCUUCAGGAGCUCGGAGCCAUUGAUGCAGAUGGCUGCUUGACUGCUCUUGGGCGUCAUAUUUCAAUGCUACCCGUGGAUUUACGACUUGGGAAGAUGCUGGUUCUCGGCACGGUUUUCCAGUGCCUAGACCCAAUUCUUACGGUCGUAGCCUGCCUCUCGUCGAAACCUUUAUUCCUCAAUCCUAUGAAUAAUAGGGAUGAAGCCACUAAGGCGAAAUUACGUUUUGGCGAAGACAAAAGCGACCUACUCACAGAUGUCAAUGCGUACAGUGAAUGCAUGCGCCUUCAGUCUGGGGGUAAGAGUCACAAAGCAUUGAGACAUUUCUGUGAAGAGAACUUUAUCUCAGCGACCACUAUCAGGGAGAUCACCUCAUUACGCCACGACUUCCUCUCCUCUCUUUCAGAUCUCGGUUUCAUCCCGCGCUCCGCAAGAGCGAGUUCAGAGGAAUUGAACACAAACAGUGCAAAUACAAACAUCGUCAAAGCCGUCAUUCUCGGCGGCCUAUGGCCUCGCGUUGCUCAAGUGCAUCUUCCACGUUCAGCGAUCAAAUUCGAUAAAGUGCAAGCGGGCACCGUUCAACGCGAAAAUACAGCGAAAGAGUACAAGGUCCACGAUCUGACAGGUGUGCGCGUCUUUUUGCAUCCUUCGUCUACCCUCUUUGGAGAAUCGACGUGGAAGUCGCCGUUCCUGGCGUACUUCCAGAAACAGAUGACUAGCAAGGUUUUCAUCCGCGGUGCGACUCAGGUUCCGAUGUACGCGUUACUUCUAUUUGGUGGACCUGUGUCCGUCAAUCACAUUGGAGGCGGUCUCACUGUUGGAAAGGGUGGCAACAUUGUCAAAUUGAAGGCAUGGCCCCGCAUCGGAAUUUUGGUGAACCAGCUUAGGCGCCUCCUUGAUGCGCAAUUGCAGCAAUGUAUCGCAGACGGAUCAAUAUUAAGCGCCAGUCAACAUAGUGCAGUGGCCAAUGCCAUGAGCGCGCUGCUCGCCAACGAUGGUCUGUCAGGAUGAUGCUUGCUAAAAACACGGCUCCCGAAUUUAGUGGUUUCUGAAUAUAG